UGUUUUUCUUGUCGACCGGAAAAUUUGAAGAAAUAAAAAAAACGCCGCCAAAUUGAGAACCAACCGAGCUACAGAAUCAGCUAAAUCAUGUUACAAAGCAAGUCAUUUGUUCGGAAAACCAAAAAUGGCAGAGUUCAAAAGGUGGUGAGGGAACAUUAUUUGAGAGAUGAUAUAUAUUGUGGAGCUUCAUUUUGUAAAAUUUGUGACACUAAAGAUGCCCGUUUCGUUUCGCCGAAUUCGACUCUUCUUGUUCUAGAUACUAAUGUUGUUCUCAAUCAGAUUGAUUUGCUUGAGAAUGUGGCGAUUGAUGAUGUUGUGGUGCUGUCAGUGGUAUUGGAUGAGGUCAAGAACAAGAAUCUUGGAGUUUACAAUAGGCUAAGGGCCUUAUGUAGCAAUCCAUUAAGAAGAUUUUUUGUAUUUUCUAAUGAACACCAUAAGGACACAUUUAUUAAGGCCAUGACAGGCGAGAGUCCAAAUGAUCGUAACGACAGAGCAAUUAGGGUGGCAGCACAAUGGUACAAGAACCAUCUUGGUAGUCCCACAAAAAUCUUAAUGAUCACAAAUGACAGGGAGAAUAAGAAAAAGGCUACGGAAGAGGGGAUUCUUGCAGAAACGGUGGAGUCAUACGUGAAAUCACUUGGUCAGCCGGCCCUACUUGACCUGCUUGUACAACCACACGUCUCUGAGGAUAUGGAAAUUGAAGAUUUGAGGCCUUCAAAGAAGAAAGUUAUAUAUAGCGAGCAUAAGCCCAUGUCAGAGAUUACAGCUGGGAUGCGCUGUGGAAUAUACCAUCAAGGAAAACUUCGUGUUAAUCGUUAUAAUCCGUUUGAAGCGUAUGUUGGAAGUGAGAGUAUCGGAGACGAAAUCAUAAUCGCUGGGCGCGGAAACAUGAAUAGAGCUUUUGACGGAGAUAUAGUGGCUGUUGAACUUCUGCCUCAAGAUCAAUGGCAUAGUGAAAAAUCUCUUCACAUAGCCGAGGAAGAUGAUGAAGAUGAUGAAGGUGUUCACUUGGCACCAAGCAGUGCUGAUGAUGCUCCAAGAAUUGCAAAUGUAGCACAAGGAUCAUCUGACAAUGCGAAUAACGCUCCUCCUCGCCCUUCUGGACGUGUCGUUGGCAUUAUAAAACGAAACUGGCAUGCUUAUUGUGGAUCUUUGGAGCCAAUGCCUAUGCCAGCAGGAAAUGCUGGUAUUGCCCAUGCUCUAUUUGUCUCCAAAGAUCGGAGAUUUCCAAAGAUACGAAUCCAAACUCGGCAGCUUGGGAAUCUUCUUGACAAAAGAAUCAUUGUUGCGGUUGAUACUUGGGAUUGCCAAUCUAGAUACCCUUCUGGUCAUUAUGUUCGCACAAUAGGAGAUAUCGGAGAUAGGGAAACUGAAACAGAGGUUGUGUUAAUAGAGAAUGAUAUAGAUGCAAGCCCGUUUACUUCUCAAGUAUUGGCAUGCUUACCACCAUUACCUUGGUCGGUGUCUUCAGAAGAUCUGUCAAAUCCCAUCAGACAGGACCUGCGUCAUUUACGUAUAUUUAGUGUCGACCCACCAGGAUGCAAGGACAUUGAUGAUGCAUUAAACUGUACUUUACUUCCAAAUGGAAACUAUGAAGUUGGAGUUCAUAUUGCUGAUGUCACAAAUUUUGUCCACCCUGGAACACCCCUUGAUGACGAAGCUACACAAAGAGGAACUUCUACCUACCUUGUUGAACGCCGUAUUGACAUGCUUCCGAAACCUCUUACAGAAGAUAUAUGUUCUCUGCGGGCUGAUGUGGAGAGACUAGCCUUUUCUGUUAUUUGGGAGAUGACACCGGACGCACAUGUUAUUUCUACUAGAUAUACAAAGAGUGUCAUCAAGUCAUGUGCUGCUUUAUCUUACGUUGAAGCUCAAGCAAGGAUGGAUGACAGCCGUUUGAUAGAUCCAGUAACUAUUGAUUUGCGAAAUAUGAAUAUGUUAGCAAAGAUAAUGAGACAAAGGCGUAUUGAGAGAGGAGCCAUUACUCUUGCUUCCGCAGAAGUCAAAUUUCAAGUUGACACUGAGACUCAUGAUCCUCUUGAUAUAGGCAUGUAUCAAAUUCGAGAAGCAAACCAAAUGGUUGAAGAGUUUAUGCUUGCUGCUAACGUUUCUGUUGCUGAACAAAUCCUUAAGAACUUCCCUCAGUGUUCAUUGUUGAGGCGUCACCCUAGCCCAACCAAAGAAAUGCUUGAACCUUUGUUGCGUACUGCUGCUUCUGUUGGCCUUGACCUGGAUGUGUCAUCAUCCAAAGCGCUUGCUGACUCACUUGACCGUGCUGUGGGUGACGAUCCAUAUUUCAAUAAGCUGAUUCGUAUUCUAGCAACAAGAUGUAUGACACAGGCUGUUUACUUCUGUAGUGGGGAACUUAGCCCUCCAGAGUUUCACCAUUAUGGGCUUGCUGCACCUCUGUAUACACAUUUCACCUCACCAAUUAGAAGAUAUGCGGAUGUGAUAGUGCACAGAUUGCUUGCUGCAUCUUUAGGAAUAUACAAGCUGCCAACUAUAUUCCAGGACAGACCACAACUUACCAGUAUUGCAGACAAUCUAAAUUAUCGGCAUAGGAAUGCUCAAAUGGCAAGUCGUUCCUCCAUAGAGCUUCAUACCAUACUAUUUUUUAGGAAAAGGCCUACUGACGCUGAAGCCAGAAUUGUGAAGAUAAGAGCAAAUGGAUUUAUUGUUUUCGUGCCCAAGUAUGGUAUUGAAGGGCCAGUGUACUUGACUAUGCGAGGUGAGAAAGGAGGAGAAUGGGUUGUGGAUGAGCAACAGCAGAAGAUAAAAAAGACUGACGGGUCGAUUUGUUAUGGUGUUCUUCAGACCGUACAUAUCCAUUUGGAAGUUGUCGAACCACAACCCAACCGGCCUAAACUUCAACUCACUCUUAUCUAAAGGGGGCACGGUGUAUUGAAUCAACAAUACAAAACUGAAGAGGGGGUCUGAGGGAAGUAAUCCAAGGCUAGCAGCUGCUUUAAUCACCAUGAUUCCCACCAGUGGAAGAAUCACAUAUCGUACACAAAUGAUUGUGACGAUAAUGACAGGUCUGAUGCUUGCCCUUCGGAAACCUGUAGAAAAAUGGAUUAAAGGUAUAACAAGACAUGAUAGAUUUAAGAAUGUUAGUUAGUUUGCUAUGAAAGACCACAUAUAAUGAUUUUUAAAUUUGGCAGCUCCAUUUUCUCAAGCUUUACCUUGUUUUAGGUUGCCGCCUAGUAUAAGGGUUAUGCAAGGUACGGUUGCAUCCCUGGAAACAAGGUUGGUAGUUUGUUAUAAGUUUGAUCACACUAUUAAACUGGUUUAAUUUUAAAUGAAGAUAAAUAAGCAUUAUUUACCCGA